GCGGGGGGGGCUCCCCGCGGAAGAAUCGCGCUCUCCUGGCUGCGCGGCGACGGGUGCCGCGGAGGGACGCUCCUCGCCUUUCGCGUUUCGCUGCUGUUGCGGCAUGUCCGCGGAUGGGGGCCUUGCGGGAGGGGACAGAAGGCGGCGGCGGCGGCGGCGGCGGCCGGCCAAGGACGAGAGGCCCGAGGCGGCGGGCGAGCGGCAAAGGCGGCGGCUGCAGGAGGCGCUCUCCGAACUGAAGGAUUCCAACUUCUGGGAGUGCAGCCGAAGAACCAUCGCCAAGGCCCUGCGGAGCCCCCCAGCAGCCCAGCAGGACCCCUUGGCAGCCUUGCGGGAGAGGCCGGAGGGCCCCGGGGGCAGAGCGGCGGGCCUGCGGUGCGUGUGCUACGGCCUCGGGAGCUUUUGCUCGUGCGGGAAGGCUCGCCUGCAGCUGGCCUUCCUCUUGCUGCUGCUGGAGGAGCUCAAGAUCGCCCCGGAGCUGUGCUUCGUCUUCGACCCCGUCUUUUCCACGCUGGAAAUUGAGGUGCUGAGCGGCCUCGGCCUCACCGUGCUGCAGUGGAACGAGGAGGGGAAACGGAGCAUCGAGGGUCCCACGCUCUUCUACAUGAUCCACUGUGGGAAGGCACUGUACAACAACCUGCUGUGGAGCAACUGGUCUGCGGAGGCCCUCUCCCAGAUGGUGGUCGUGGGCAACAGCUUCAGGGGCUUUGAAGAGAGGCUGCUGGCCAAAGUCUUCUAUGAGAAUUAUAGCUACAUUGCCAAGGUGUUGGUGGCAACUCAGGAGGAAGCCCUUCCGCCCCACCUGCAACACCCCGAUGUCUUCAAUGACACAUCCGUCCACCGCUUUCCUCUGCAGAAACUGAGGGACCUCCCCCAGGACUGCUGGGCCUGCCAACCAGAGCCCCUUUACCCGGAAGAGACUCAGCUAGAGAUCAUCAGAAACAAACCCCAAUAAUAUUCCUCCCCCACUUCCCAUGCACAGGAAAGGCGGGGGGAGCUGCAGCAACAGUGUUGGGAGCCCAGUCUGGGCAUACAAUGAGCCCUGCUCUACAAGCAGAGGACAGACUCAACUCUUGCUUCUUGCUCAGGGCAGGAUGGGGGUGGGUGGCGGGGGGGGGGGGGAGGAUGAGAAGAGAGAUGGAAAAUGAUGGUAGGUCUUGCUCCUUCCAGGAAACCAUGCCAGGAUUUCUCCCCAAAAGUGGAAGGGGAAUCUUAUAUUGACUUUUGUAACCAUUAAAAAUAUUAUCUUGAA